AUGGCGGCCAACGGUGACGUCUCCGUGCCCCGCUCCGAGUCCCCCACUGGAUCGCCUCGAUCCGCUUCCAUCUCCCUGCAAGCCGCAGCAGCUAUCAACUCCGGCCUUCACCGAGAAACUUCGCGCAGAUCCUCCAACAGCUCCCUCCCCCGCGGCUUCCCUUCUACCUCUUCCGGUCGGCGACGAUCAACCAUCCUGAUGAAUCUCCAGCUAAACGACCCAUCGGUGCCUGCGCCAGGCGAGAUGUUUCAACAAGAGCCCAUUCGAGCGAGCCCGCAGCCCAUCAGCAACGCUGGCCUGCCGCCAGACGCGAGCCGUCACCACAGAGCUCCAAGCUUGGGCGAGCUUCACCAAGAGCUAGAGGCAGAACAGGAGGGCCACGUCAAUCGAUUGCUAAACAUGAUCCGGCAACAGCAGCUGGAGCUUCAGCGCCUCCAAGCAAGCCACCCGCAAGCAGUCGCUGCUGAUGAGGCUGCCGCAGGCUCCGAGAGAGCACCUCGAUCGUUGCCUGUACCUGUACCCAUCAAUACUCAGUCUCCAACGGGCAACCACGUCCCGUCAGCGUCCAGCUCAUCCUUUUCCCGAUCGCCAAUCUUCCCCCACCACCGAAACUCCAUGGAGAUGGCUCGCGCCGACAUGCAGCGCCGGUCUAGGACGCCGAGCAGAAACGCCUCGCCCCGCCUGCGGGCAACAUCCAUCAGCGCCGAGAGCGGUGACUGGUCCUUGUUCCGUGACGAGAGCGCCUUCUAUCAAGCUGAGACGCAGAUGUUGACGCGCGAGAACCAGAUGCUCCGGCAUCGGAUUCGCGAAUUGGAGAAACAAGUCAACGACUUAUCAACCAGCUCUCCCAUACCAAAUGAGCCUUCAGUGUCUUCUAAUCUCAGUCGAGCGUCAACCUCGGCUGAAGAGGUCGAGCCCGCAGCAUAA